AGAUUGGCGACCCUCUGCCAGUGACGAUUGACUAAUAGAUGUUUCGUUUGGUAAGGUGAGGCGCAGAUGACGUACUGGUUUACUCGCUACAAGUUCAAAUUCACCGAAAUCGACUACAGCCUGUUCCUAACCUACUCCGUUCUUGUUGGCACUGUCGGUUCCUUCGUAACUAUAUACCUCUUCAGUAAGAGAUGGAACAUAGAAGACAGCAUCAUUGGGAUGGUGGCGUGUGUUAGCAGAAUUGCGGCCAGUGUGGUCUACGCUAUGGCACCUUCGAGAACCGUGUACUUCCUCGGUCCCGUCUUGGACAUGUUCAGUGCGGCAGCAGCCACAUCACUACGAUCUAUUGCCACAAAAUUAGUCAAUGCUGAUGAAGUUGGUAAAACAAGUUCUCUUAUCAGCAUAUCAGAGGCUCUGGUUCCUGUCAUAUACUCCCCCGUGUACAGCAAGGUGUAUCUGAGUACGUUGUCAACGUUCGCGGGAGCUUUCUAUCUCAUCAGCGCCAGUUUGGCUGUUCCUGCUAUUAUUAUAUAUUUUACACUUUUCAUUAUACGCCGAAAAGAGACUGAAUUGGAGCAGGCCGCAGCUACUAAACCUAAGGAUAACGAAGUUACAAGAUUUUAGCGAAUUUAUAUAAAUUAUAAUUAUAAUAAUUACGUAUAGUUAUUAAAUAAACAAUAAUUAAACUAAAAAAUAAAUGACUAAUAUAUUUAUUGUUAAGUUUUAUUAAUAAU